AUGCCACGGUACUACUGUGAUUACUGCGACACUUACUUGACUCAUGAUUCCCCUUCAGUCAGGAAGCAGCACAAUUCUGGUUACAAGCACAAGGCAAACAUAAGGGCUUACUACCAAAAAUUCGAAGAACAGCAAACACAGCUUUUGCUUGAGCAGAGAAUCAAGGAGCACCAACAAAUUGGUGCAGCUUAUAAUCAGCAUCUUGCUGCUUUCCCCGGAGGGCCGCCACGCCAGCCUGUCAUGCUGCCACUUCAUACUCUACCUUUUCCAGGUGGGGCCCCGAUCGUUCCAGGCAUGAGGCCUCUACACGGUAUGCCAAUGCCUAUCCCCGGCACACCUGGUUACGCAUCUGCCCCUGUGCUGCCGCCAAUGCAACCCUUACAGCCGAGUGGGCCUCCAGCUUCAGGCCCACAAAAUACAAGUGCCCCUCCGCAGAUUUCAGGAGCGGGCCCACCUCCUAACUCAAGCGGGGCACCACCAAAUCCUACACAAAUGUACAGUGUUAAUCCAACCGGGACUACUAUUACUGCAACUGCACCUCCAACUACCGGAGGAUACUCUUAUCAACAAGCCUCUCAGACGAGUCAUUGA